AUGGGAGGCUACCAAUACAUGCGCCUCCAGGCCAGGCUGGACACCCUCUCCGGUCGUCUCACGGCCCGACACGUCCUCUUCGCCCUCUUCGCCCUCUGUGGCACCUGGUCGCUCUACCUCUUCCUCUUCUCGCGUCCGUACUCAUUUCCCCCGCCGAUCCCGGGCAUCGGCCAGCCGGGGUUCCGCCCGCGACCAGACGCGCCAUGGGAGGAGUCGCUUGAACCCACAUCCUGGGCUGGCAAGGCUCAGCGCGUGAAGCAGGCGUACAUGCACGCGUACGAGGGAUACCUCACCUACGCGCACGGGAAGGAUGAGCUCUUGCCGCUGUCGAACAAGAGCAAGAACAACUUCAACGGAUGGGGCGUUAGCCUGUUUGACUCGCUCGACACGAUGCUCCUCAUGGGUCUCAACGACGAGUUCACAGAAGCUCUCGACGUCGUCCAGAAUUGCACCUUCGAGAUGCACCCCAGAGAACACGCUCCCUUCUUCGAAACCGUUAUCCGCUACCUCGGCGGGCUGCUCUCCGCCUACGCUCUCUCGGGCGAUCGCCUUCUACUUGACAAGGCCGAAGACCUAGGGCGUAAGCUCGCCCCUGCCUUCGGCACCGCGAGUGGUUUCCCCGUCUACGCCGUGAACCCGACCACGGGCGACGCCCGUGGCAGCAUCAUCGGCUCGCUCGCCGAGAUCGGGAGCUGUCAGAUCGAGUACAUGUACCUCGCCAAGGCAACGGGCAAGAAGGAGUUUUACGACCUCGCGGACGGGGUCAUUAAGGGCCUCGCCAAAGCCGAUUCCGAAGUCUCUCACCUCGGCGGCAUGCUGCCCGUCCGAUUCAACCUCACCUCUGGCAAGCCUUGGGACGACGAGCUCACCGUCGGCGCCGCCGCCGAUAGCGCGCACGAAUACCUCCUCAAGCAAUACCUCCUCACCUCGCGCACCGACCGCAAAUCGCUCGAGAUGUACCUCCGCGCGACAACCCACAUCCUCACCCAACUCCUGUACCUCACCCCAACCCGCAAACUCCUCUACGUCACCGACUCGCGGGGCCCGCAAUUCCUCCUUUCCCACCGCUUCGAGCACCUCUCCUGCUUCUUCCCGGGCCUGCUCGCGCUCGGCGCGCACCUCCUCCCGCUCGACGACCUCCCCUCGCUCGGCAUCUCCUGGCCCGCCCUCUCCGCCGACCUCUCCCCCGCCGCGCAAGAGAACUGGGCGCUGCUGGGCAAGUACCGCCUGAGCGACGUCCACCGCUGGGCGGCCGAGGGCCUCGCCCAAGCCUGCUACCUCUCCUACGCCGACCAGCGCUCCGGCCUCGGCCCGGACGAGAUGACGAUGCACGCCGAGAGCGUGCCCGUCACGCCCGAGCCCGGCACGAACAAGGGCGCGGGCGGGACCGUGCGGCGGAACGUGCGCUGGGUGGACGCGCUCGAGAAGUGGCGCGUGCGCGGCAGGCGCGGGAGCCCGCCCGGCGUGCAGGAGGAGAGGCCGAUCGUCUACAGCGACGACGAGAAGUCCGCGGGUUCGAACAGGCCCAAGGGGCGAGACCGAGACUACGCCGCGCGGAAGAUGGAGUACCUGCUCCGGCCCGAGACGGUGGAGAGCUUGUACCUGAUGUGGCGCACGACGGGAGACGUCCGGUGGCGGAACCGUGGUUGGGACAUAUUCGCGGCUAUCGAACGCGAGGCGUGGACGCCCAGCGGGUACGCCAGCAUUCGCAACGUCGACUUUUCUCCCGCACCGCAGAAGGAUGACAUGCCGAGCUUUUACCUCGCCGAGACACUCAAGUACCUGUACUUGCUGUUCACGGACGACGACCUCGUCCCGCUCGACAAGUGGGUGUUCAACACUGAGGCGCACCCACUGCCGGUGUUCGAAUGGACCGCCGACGAGAAGGCCAGGUUUGGUAUACCAUGA